AUGCGGGACACGAAAUUUCCACCUAGUUUUGAAGCAAAGGUGGAUAUGAAAAAAGUGAAUAUUGAGGUACUAAAGCCUUGGAUAGCUAAUCGGUUAAUCGAGCUUAUAGGAUUUGAAGAUGAGGUAGUGAUUGAUUUUGUGUAUAGCAUGCUAGAGGAGGCUGUCGAAGCAUCGAAAAGCACAGAUUCGCAUAAUGAAGUAGCUCUAGAUCCUAAAAAAGUUCAACUCAAUCUUACAGGGUUUCUGGAGAGCAAGGCGUCUGAAUUUACGGAAGAACUGUGGAUGUUGAUAUUAUCAGCUUCCCAAAAUCCCUAUGGAAUACCUGAAAAAUUCAUUCAGGAGAAGAAAGAAGAACUCUCUAAACUUCGGCUGAAGAGCAUACUUCCAGAGAAGGUCGAUAUCGUGAUGUUAGGGAAAGGCCAGGAACCCGGCCGAGACGAGAACCUCGAAAAUUUACGCGAAGAGAACAGGAAGGAUCAUCUUAUGAGAGAGAAAGGUCACCACGUCGAUAUCGUAACAGCAGGUAUGAGAAUGAUCCCUAUGAGCGCCCGUAUUCAGAUCGUCACAGUUCACGGAGCUACCGUUCUUCUCAUCGUCCAAGGACUAGUCAUAGAAGGCAUGAAGAUUUCGAUGAAUUUGGAAGAUCAAUACCUUCUGAAAGACGAGAUUCUGGUUACUAUUCCAGGAGACAGAGAAGCCGUUCACCUUAUGACAGUGAAGAAGAAAGGUUUUCUGGAAGAUAGAUUCCAAAAUUAG